GCCAGCACUGCAAACGUCACGUCACUUUUUCUCGCACCGCACACGUCAACGUCAUCUUGCAAUUUACUUGGGUGUAAUGUUUUGUAAAAUACUAAAAUAAUAAAACCUUAACAACUCUGAACUCUUAAUAAACGCAAACAUGGUGCUCAUAGCAGCUGCUGUCUGCACCAAAGCAGGCAAAACCCUUGUGUCCCGACAAUUUGUUGAAAUGACCAAAGCUCGAAUAGAGGGGUUGUUGGCUGCUUUCCCCAAAUUAAUACCAACCGGUACACAGCACACAUUUGUCGAAACAGAUUCCGUCAGAUAUGUUUAUCAGCCUCUUGAACGGCUCUACAUGUUACUUAUUACAACCAGGGCAAGUAAUAUAUUGGAGGAUUUGGAAACUCUACGCUUGUUUGCCAGGGUGAUUCCAGAGUACUGCAAUUCGCUUGAAGAAAGCGAGAUAGCCGAUAACGCAUUUUCUUUGAUUUUUGCUUUCGAUGAAAUAGUAGCUUUAGGUUAUAGAGAAAGCGUUAACUUGUCGCAAAUCCGUACUUUCGUCGAGAUGGACUCGCACGAAGAGAAAGUCUACCAAGCCGUCAGACAGACGCAAGAAAGGGAAGCGAAAAACAAGAUGCGCGAGAAGGCGAAGGAGCUGCAGCGCCAGAAAAUCGACGCGAAAAAAUCCGGAAUCAAGUCGUCGUCGUCGUUCGGAAGCGGCUCGAGCUUCGGUAAUUCCUCCUACACUCCGACGCCAUCUGUCGGCGACGUUUCCAACGCGAGCAACGACGUCAAGCCUCCGUCCUACGCCACCGUCAAUCCGCAGAAACCGAGGGGCAUGAAGUUGGGCGGCAAAGGCAGGGACGUCGAGUCGUUCGUCGAUCAGUUAAAGUCUGAAGGCGAAAAAGUCACAACGCCGGCGCCAAACAGUAUUUCUCAGCCCGGCAGCAAAGCGCCGGCCAUCAAACAAGAAGUCGACGAUGUGUUGCUGAGAUUGGAGGAAAAACUGGUGGUGAAGAUGGGCCGCGACGGCGGGGUGCAGCAGUUCGAGCUCUUGGGACUCGCCACGUUGCACGUCGGGGACGAGAAGUGGGGCAAGCUGCGCGUGCAGCUGGACAACAAAGACGACAAAGGCGUGCAGCUGCAAACGCACCCCAACGUCGACAAGGAGCUGUUUAAGAUGCGCUCGCAGAUCGGCUUGAAGCAGCCGUCCAGGCCGUUCCCUUUGCACACGGACGUGGGGGUGUUGAAGUGGAGGCUGCAAGGUACCGACGAGAGUUUGGUGCCUCUGCUCAUUAACUGCUGGCCGUCCGAGGCCGGAGACGGAAGUUGCGACGUUAACAUCGAGUACGAGCUAGCGCACCUACACCUGGAGCUCGUCGACGUCAACAUCGUCAUACCGCUGCCCAUUGGCUGCUCCCCAGUGGUGGGAGAGUGCGACGGUACUUACACCCACGAGUCCAGGCGCAACCAGCUGGUGUGGAACCUGCCAAUAGUCGAUGCAAGUAAUAAAACAGGGGCACUGGAGUUUAACGCGCCGAAAGCCAUACCGAGCGACUUUUUCCCGUUGUCCGUCACGUUCAAUUCCAAAUCGUCGUACGCCAGUAUUAAGAUUACUGAUGUUCUGUUGGUGGACGACGAUUCUCCUGUAAAAUAUACCGCUGAAACUGCAUUGUUCCCAGAUAAAUAUGAAAUAGUAUGAAUAUUAUUAUUUAAGUUUAGGAAUUACUUUAUUAUGGAUUCACUUGUAUAAAUAACUACUAAUAUUUUAAUCAUUUAUUACUAUGUUGCUUUUUGUACAAAAUUUUAAGGAAUUUGUCUGUCUUUAUUUUUAUCUAUAUAAAAUAAAUUAAGUAAAAACAACAAA